ACUGUCAGACUGGAGACCUACCAGCAGAUGGUGAGGUUGUGCCGCUCCUGGCUGUGACUAAACCUCACCUACGUCCCACCCGCCCAUCUCACCACAGAGGAAAUGAGCUGAGCAAAAAGAAAAAAAAAACCCUCUUGACACAUGAGAGCAACUUCAUUUAGUUGUCAUGUAGGUUUCCUGCGAACACAAAUUCAAACAACUACAUUAAGCUUUUUCUACAGACAUCUGAGGAGAAGGGAAACAGAGACAGUAUGGGAGCAUCUUCUUCUGGCUUGUUGGAUGAGGCCAAAAUCAGCCACAUUAAAGGACUCGUUGACGGUACGUUCCAGAGCUUCAGUGAGUUCUACCGUCAGCAGUACUCCACAGCCUACUUCGGACACAUACACCAGGAGGUGGAGCCUAAGAAAGAGGGGAGGGGCCUGUUGCUCACACGCAGGCCUCAGUGCGCUCCAGAGGAGGUGCUGUACCAAGGCAACGUGAAGUUCUCCUGCUGGGAGGAGCAGGGAAAGAAAUGCAGAGAGAAAUACGUUGUCGUGAGGAGAGACUACACAGUGGAGAUACAUGACAACAUGGAGACUUUCAACCGUGGAUCUGUCGCCAAGUUGGUCCUCCAGCCAGCGGGGGGCAGCGUGCUGACCACAGAGGAAGAGUCCCGAGCUCACCUGGAGCAAACUUGUGCUGGAAUACUCAACGGCGCGAAGGAGGAUUCUUCUUCGGUGGUGUCAUCUCCAGACGAGUUUGCUGUGUAUUUGCACCUGCCAUACACAGGCCACACCUGCUUCCUGUUCCAACAGGAAGAGGAGCGUGGUCACUUCCUGUCUGCCCUCAAGACCUGCAUUAGACACCGCAACCUUGACCCCUGGUGUGAGUCUUCCUACGAGAGCCAGGCGUACAUCCGAGCGCUGCUCCUCUACCGGCAGGACAAAGGAUGCUAUGAAUCCUGGGAAAUGCUGCUGGGCACUGAGGAACAGGUGCUGGCCUCCCAGGUGAUGGAGGAAGUGUUGCCAUGGUUACAGAGUCAGCUUCAGUCCAAACUGAAGGGCAAGAAGGCUGAAAGGAUACGACAGUGGUUCGCAACGGUUCAGGCAACCCACACGUUGGUGCUGGAGCAGCUAACCGCGGGUCUGGAGGCUCUGAGGGGGGCGUGUCGUCAGACGGCAUCAGCCAAUCAGGCGCUCAUCAGAUCCAACCUGGACCAGAUCCUGUCGUCUCAUUGUUUCCUGGAGCAGAAAGUCAGAGUGUGUAUAUGUGAAGCAGCAGAGAAAGUGUACAGUGACUCUGUAGCACCCUACCUGUCCUCCAUCCUGGAAGUGCUGACAGAAAACAUAAGCGUGGGGAUUCAGGGGAUGCAGCACACACUCCACACACAGAUGGACUCAGCCUUCAAAUCCACAAACGGAGGAUCAGAGGAGACAAAGAAGGCCUUGCUCGCUCUGCGCUCCAUCAGUCUGGAUCAGUGCUACAAGCAGGUGAAGAACCUGACGGAGUUACUCAAAGACUUGAAACAGCGGUUCGGGCUGAGCAGCGUCCAGAGGCUGGUGCACUCGGCACAUCUGGAGAUGGAGCAGCUGUUGGACAGUGCUGUGUACACCUUCGAACUGUUCCUCCAAUCAUCAGCCAAACUGCAGCCCUCGCAGGUUCCUGUCAAGAUGGAGAGAGCUAAAGAGAGAGUACUGAAGCAGCUGGACUACGACAGCAGGGUUGUCCAGAGGAGGCUGUAUGAGGAGGCUCUGCUGGAGAUCACGCUGCCUGCUCUCACCAGGAGGAUGGACAUCAAGUGGAAAAGUGAGCUGCAGCAGUUUGAGCAGUACAUCUUCUCUGACUACAGCAGCUUCAUCCUGGUUCAUAACGUCUAUGAUGAUGUGCUGAGAAGCAUCCUCAGCAAGGAGAUAGAAACAGUGGUCCAGGAUGUUGCCAGUAAGAAGAGCAACAAUCUCUUACUGGACAUUUCGGAUCUGACCAUCAGUCAGUACAGUCUGUUGGGACAGACGCCUCCUUACUCUGCACCAGGCAGCCCAGCCGUUCAGGAUCGACACCCGUCCUCAGCGGCGCCCGGCGAGGAGGAAGAAUCUGCUCCUGUGGCGGAGGAGGGAGGUCAGACGGUCACAGCUCGGCCUCAGAGCGACCCUGAACUCAACACUGAGGUCAAAUCUGAUCCCAGUGCUGCUCACAGACCUGAGCCGAGCGCAGUGCUUCUGUCUCCUGUGAUUGUCGUCACACAACAGUUUGAUGAACCUGCAGCAGAGGAGGCUUCUGGUGUGGAGGAAACCCGUGAAGACGUUCACCGUGGAACUGACACACCGUCGACGAUGGAGUCAGUUGCAGCUGCUUCCUCCGACUCAGACGCACCUGACUCAGAUGCAGCCGCCGCACGUGAAGCUGGAACACCUGACCCCCCUGCAAUCCCAGAAUCCACUCAUCCCAUCCAGGACAGUCCUGAGCCUUCAGUCUCCGCUCCGUCCUCGCCGCAGUCCACAGAUGACACAGCUGAACCUGCUCAAAGUGACCGAUCUGCAACGCCUGACAACCCUGCUACCUCAGAUCAAACAUCAGAGGACGCUUGCUGCACCCAGCCCUCCUGCCCCUCGCCAUCACACCCACCGUGUCCCGACAGUCCCGUGAAAAUCAGCCUCGGGACACUGAACGAGGCGAUUAGUUACGACUCGACGGCACCUUCUGUAACGCAGCCGGCGGCUCAGCAGAGCACUGACAGAGCCGUCUACCUGACGGGACAAAUCAAAGACAGCUGGGAGGUGGAGAGGGCGAAAGAGGAGAAAGGGAGAGAGGCUGAAACAGGGGAGGAGACUGAACGGGGGGGAGAGGAUGAAGAGAAAGGCGGCGAGCUUGAGAGAAGAAGAGAAGAUGAGGAGGAAGCAGGGGAGGAGACUGAACAGGGAGGAGAGGAUGAAGAGAAAGGUGGCGAGCUUGAGAGAAGAAGAGAAGAUGAGGAGGAAGCAGGGGAGGAGACUGAACGGGGGGGAGAGGAUGAAGAGAAAGGCGGCGAGCUUGAGAGAAGACGAGAAGAUGAGGAGGAAGCAGAAGAGGAUGGAGAUCAAGCAGAGGAAGAGGAAAAGGAGGAACAAGUGGAAGAGGAGCUUCUUCAAAACCCUCAGCCAAUCGAAUCACAACCUGGAAGUUCUGAGCCGCCAUUGGACAGUGUGGCUCUCAUCAGAGACCUGGUGACUGAGAUCGUCGAGGUGGAGACGUUGGUCGGCCCGUGUGCCGACAGCAGCAGUACACCCUGACAGACUCGUUGCCAUGACAACUGCAGAUCUUAUUAAGCGGAACGAUAGGGAAGGCGGGAAGUGAGAAAGUCCAGAAGUAAGUAGGUUACACCUGUGCCUUUAUUACUGCAUCACGUUUAUACUACUGAAGAAGAAAAACAUGUUUCUAAAUAAAAUAAAAUCUGUGAUAAGAAUUUUUUUACUUUGCUGUAAACAUCUGCUGUUUGCUUCUCUGUUAACACUGAAAUGGAUUAAAUGACCCAAUAAAAUGUUAACACUUGACGACAUCAUGCCGCACA